AUGGCUUGUCCCACAGGGAGGGUGGCAGUGCAGCAGUGAGGCAGGAAUGAGGGGCUUCUCCUGGGGGUGCCUCUCCUGCCUUGGCUGUUCUGGAGAAGCACAUGGGCUUUACCAGCCUGGAUCUGCCCACACUUGGAGAGCUGCCCCUAUAUGGGGGAUGGACAGCAAAGAGGUGAUGGCUGCAGUGAUGGACAGAGCCAAGAGAAGGACGUAGCUCUGAAACCUCAGGAACGUGUGGAGAAGAGACAGAACCCUCUAGCCAAGAAGAAACGGGAAGCACUUACCAAUGGGCUGUCGUACCCUCCCAAAAAGAACAGACUCCACCACCACCAGUACAGCUCCGACCGGGAAAAUGACCGUAACCUGUGCCAGCACCUCGGGAAAAGGAAGAAAUUACCCAAGGGCCUCAGACAGCCCUUGCAGUUCAUUCAGAAAGCCCUCGAGUCCCUGAACACAGCAGAUAAUGUUCCUGCUUUGCUGUCACCGGGUGAUUCUCUGUGUGUGUUACAUAACCUGUCAUACCAGCUUUGUCAGAGACAGAUAUUUUUGAGAUCUACAACCUGGGAAAUUUGAUCAUGGAUGAAAUCCAGGAAACCCAUUUAAUCUGUAUUCUUAGAGUUACUUGUGCUUUUACAAGACUUUCUUCCGAUUCACCAGGGAAGUUGCCAAGUCUGUUCAUCUGUUGGGGGGGGGGGAAUCCCCAAACCAUAAUGCACACACUUAGGAAGACAAAAACUGAAGUGCAUGCCUGGUCUUUUAUUGGAUUUCCUGUGUGAUAAGAGACUGUUAUCCAUUUGGGUUGAAGUGGGGGUUUCUUAAUGGGAGACUCAGGAGAAAUUUUGGUCUUGGCUAUGAGGUGGGCCUGUCCCUCUCACUGAACACAGGAUUUUGUGUCAACGUUCUUAUUGUGGCUGGGGCUUGUUCUGCAUUAGCUUCAAGUCUUGUCUGCCUGUGAAAGUUGUACUAGUAUGGCUUGGGUGUGAAUUGACACUGAAUGUAUUAAACUGGUGCAGUUCUCUGGCUGGGCUCUCUGGGUACACACUCUGUCAAACAAGUGUUUCUGUGAUAGUGUAACCACAGUGGCUUAAAAAAUUAGGUCAAAUUCUUUUGCAACUUCUCUGUGUUGUCAAGGUUUUAGAAAUUGGGUUUAUGUGAGCUAAGCUGAAGAACCUUUGAAAUUCUCAAACCAGCUUUUUAUGGCAGUUUGUCUAAGUGGAUUUAGAAUCUCACUUGGAGAUGCAGUUUCUCCUCUUCAGCUGACACAAGUGUGGGCUGCUGCAGGAAUGAGUGCUCCCACUCCCAGUUGUCAGCAGUAGUGUUUGUGCAGCCACCUGGGGAAGUGACCCAACCCAAACUGGAGGGGUUUUAUUCCUUUUUUGGGCUGGCUUUGUUUUCAGGCAGGUCAGAUGUGUCCCAGCUCACCACAAGUGUACAGCAAGGUGUACCUGGGAAUACCUGGGUGAGUGUGAGUAGAAAGGACAGUGAUGUCUCUCCUGGCAGCAGCCUGUGAAAAUUAAAUUAAGUUUACUCUCCCCAUGUGGAAGUGUUACAUAAUCUCUGUUUAAGGCAGGUCAUUUUAGGUUAGGGAAAGGUUGUGUCUCUGCCCUGCCGUCAGUGCAGUAUCUCGGUUAAUCAGAACUGGAGCUGCUCUUCCUGUGUGUGCUGCAGUGCUGACAUGGCACUGCUCCCUCCUAAUUCUCUUCUAAAGAAGUUCAUUGACAUUUUUAUUAGCUGGCUGGCUUUGCUGAAGUUGAUGUCCUUGCCUCUGGCCAUCACAAAUAUUUUCUUUUUUUUUUUUUCUUUUGAUUUACUUCGGAAGAUGUUGAGGUCUGAAGACCCCACUGUGAUAAAGCAUAUAUAUUUAUAUACAUGUCAGAGGUAACUCUGCAGGUAGCUUUUAUAUUGUAAAAUAUUCCUUCCCAUAUAAAUUGUCAACCUGUUUUAUUCUCUUGGCAUCACUGCACUUUCCUGCCAUAAACUGUUCUAUUGAUUGGGUUUGAACGCUGCUCAUCCUGUUUGGAUUAUCUGCAGCCUCUGCAGACAGAUCUGAGCCAAGGUGUGCUGAUGUAACUUGCCUGAGCUUCAGAGAUUCAACCCUCAUGGGUCUUCUGGGAGCUUCCAAAGUCAUUGGGUCCACCUGGCACCUUGACAUCUCUUAACCAGUUAAUUUUAGGUUACCUGCCUGCUUGUGCAGAGGCUGGUUUGUACUGGUGGGCAGUGGUCACGCAGCUGCAACACAAAGCCUGCAAAAUGGUCUUCAGCUGUCUUUGGAUGCUCACCUUUUAUCCUAAAGACAUGUUGGAACUGGAAACAGAAGAGAGAGGCAUUGGCUGUAUUGAUGUGUUUGCUCAAGUCAUCCAAACGUUUUUUUUAAGUUGUGUAAACAAGCACUAUAAACCCUUUCACAGCAAUGUAUUUUUAGUUGUGAUUAAAAUAAUAAUAAAACUAGCUAAAGUAGAAAUCCACACGA